AUCCUGAUAUGCUUCGAGUAUUUCGCUUUUUAGUUUGCAUAUGCAAUACAACGAUCGAUAUAGCUUACCGUUUGCUCGCAUGUAUAUGCAAAACAGCGUCUAAGUAUGUGUCACGCACGUAGAUUAAUACAUUAGCAUGCCAUAAUAGGCCAUAGAAUCACUUUGAAUGUCCAUGCACGCGAACAUCAUGUCGGUGUGGGAAGUUAUGACAGAUGUCACACGCAUUGUCGUGUAUUGAAAAGCGAUCUAAUUGACGCACAAUAAUCAGUUAUAUACUCCGACGAAUAUUACAUCGUAAGAGUGGCUGUGAUUCGACUUCACGUGGUUUCUGGCGAUGAUUAUCAACUCCUAUAUAUUAUAUAGCGAAGCUGAAUUGAAAUAAACACGCUCGAUAGUUCAAACGGGGCAUAUUAUUCCCCGCGGGGCCUUGUAUUGUUAAGCGUUUUUCGCGUAUUUUUAUCUUGUGCAGAUGUGACAGAUACUUCUUCGCCUCUCAAGUUCGUUAUACAUUGUCUGAUUAUAUUUUCAUUGAAUUUGCAAGCGACGCCCCGUUAUAUUAAUUACAACGUUGAUCUCAAAGUCAGAUUUGUUGCUGACCUAUUUUAUCAUCUGGGUAAAAUAACACAAGCUGCCGUUUGUUCGAAAGAGGGCAUUCAAUUUUCCGUACUCUUUUAGACGCUCGAUACUUCAUAUUAGGAAGGGGCGCGUUGUUAUGGGGGCUUUCAAGAGCUUACCUAAACGCGCUCGUCGGAGCGAGUGCGACGAAGACGAAUCUCGUCAACAGAUCGUGCUGUUCACGGGUUCCUCGGAGAAACUAGCCAUAUCAUACGCGCUUCGACUCGCGUCGGAUUCUCAAAAGCGCUUCAAAGUUCUGGUUGCCGUCUCAUCACUGUCCAGCGGUGAGAACCUCAGCGACACGAAGAUACUGAAGUACCUAAACACAACGUUGUUUAUGCUUAAAAUGGACAUUUCGUCGCAGGAGGACGUACAAAAGGUUGUCGAUCAGAUUAAGGAGGAAGACGGAUAUAUUGAUGCUGUAGUGAUUGCUUCGGACAUCCGCCUCGCUGGUCCUAUUGAAGAGCACACCUCUGGUCAAAUUGAAUCGCUAUUUGAAAGUAAUGUAUAUUCUACAACCCGUAUCAUUCGUGCCGUGUUGCCAGUAUUAAAGAAACAACACCAUGGUAAAAUUCUGGUAACAAACACCCAAGCUGGAAUAUUCGGGAUGCCAUUUCACUCGGCUUACAGUGCUACAAAAUUCGCAGUCAAUGGUCUUUUGGAGUCUCUAGCUCCAGAAUGUUUGCGAUUUAAUAUAUAUAUAUCAAUUUUGGAAACGAGUCUUUCAAACGAAUCAGACAAAAACGCGAAGGCCAUACGACUUGCAAUGGAAAACGACACAUCAGCGUUGGAUGGCGAUACUGUGGACUACUACGAAAACUUCAACAAUCGUCUGAAGAAAAAUAGAUCUUCAGUGAAGAAACCAAACCCCAUGAAGUUGGGGGACACCGUAAAAGACAUAUUACUGACUUCAAAGCCACAUUUUCGCUAUCAGAUUAAUCGUGUUUGCAAAGAAGCCGUAAGACAGAAGCUGACCGACGAAAGUGGCGAUUCUUAUAUUGAAGAGGCGGCAGAAAAGUAUCUGUGAUUAACCUCUCUAGAAGUUGAUAAACGAAGAAUUAGAGCGAAGAAAAUAAGAAGAGGGUGCUAUCAAGCAUGGCUUACCCCUUUGGGUUCCCUUCUCUCCGAAAAUACAAUUUAUAAACUCUCUUUAAAUCAAGUACCUAAGCUCCUGCUAUACAAAAGGUUUACUCAUCGAUAAAGAACCUAUCGCAUUCCCUAUAGCAAAAACAACAUGCAUGCCUGCAAAUUAAAAAACCCAACCGUUCAUAGAAAAUCAGAAAUAUUGUAAAACUUAGAUGGAGAACGGGUGAAAAGAUGUCUUUCGGUUCUUUUUAGAUUUCCUAUGAGAUCUCAAGAAUAUUUCCUUGCAUGUCAUAAAUAUUUUCGUCUAUUAGUAAAAUGCUGUCCCACUACAGCUUUAAGUGUAAUUCCAAAGUAUAAUACUAUUGAACACUUAGUAUGAUACUAGAACUUGGUUGACCGAGUACAAGGACUGGAUCCGUAUAUUGACCAAGUCUAUGUAGGGCUGGAACAUUUAUUGUCAUGCAUAUACUAGCUAUAUCAUGGGAAAGGAUGAAUUUUUCUCUUGAAUUAUCAGUAUUCCUAUUGGUAAUAAUAAAUCUCUGGAUUCAUUUGCCCAAUCUGUUUUUUCCAUUCUCCGAAUUCAUUAUAUACACCAAAAGUAUCUAAAGGCGCAUAUACACCACGCGCAAUUUUAGGU